AUGCCGUCCAUCGCUCCCGCACCGCCAUCCUCUACUGCGGUGCAGCUUGGCACGCUGGGCAUGUUCAUCCUCGACACCUUUUCCUUCCUCGACCCCGUCACCGCCGAACCGCAGGGCGAUCGCGGUCUGGGCAUCCAGCUCGGCGGCGGCGGCCUCUACUUUUGCAUCGGCGCACGCACCGCCCUCGAUCCCGCAGCCAUACAGAUGAUCAUCGAUACCGGCACCGACUUCCACCCCGACAUCCGCGCCGCACUCGAGCGGUUCGACCGUACCGCCCCCGGACAUUCCCCCAUGGUGCUCGCGGCGGGGAGGGAGGGGAGACCGCCAUCCAUGUGGCACUUUCGUCAGCGCGACGGCCAGACGACGCGCGCCGUUAACGUCUACCGCGGCGAGCACCGCGGCUUCGAGUACCUCACGCCCAAGGUCAGGCUCGAGGUGCGCGACCUCGUCCUCGCCUCGCCCACCACCCCGCCCACGCUGCCCCGCUGGAUCCACAUGAUCUGCACGCCCCAGCGCGCGCGCGACAUCAUCCAACACAUCGACGCCAACCUCGCGGCGGCGACGGCGGCGGACCUGGCCCAGACAAAAAGCCUCGGCCCCCGCCUCGUCUACGAGCCCAUCCCCGACUCGUGCGUCCCCGAGAACCUCGACGACUGCCUCGGCCUCCUCGACCGCCUCGCCGUCUUUAGCCCCAACCACGAAGAGGCAGCGGCGCUCCUCGGCCUGUCCGAGGCGUGGCAGACGAUAUCGACGACGGACAGGUCGGCAGAAGUGCAGGUCGAGUGGAUCAAGCGCAACCUCGCGCACGGGUUUGUCGAGCGGUGUCGCGCUGCGGGCGUGGCGGGCAACCUGCCGCUCAUCUGCAUCCGAUCUGGCAAGCUCGGCUGCGUCAUCGGCUCAGACGCCGUCGGGUUCCAGCACGUGCCGGCCUACCACACCGCCGACGUCGAGCCCAGCCAUCCGGCAUCCAGCACCCGCGUAGUCGACGUGACGGGCGCCGGGAACGCCUUCCUCGGCGGCCUCACCGCCUCCCUCGUCGUCGCAGCCGCAGCCGCCGACGAUGCUCGACCUUUGCGGGCAGGGCAGAAGCAAGAGGCCCGCCACCUGCACCGCGAGGCGGCCAUACACGGCGCCGUGGCUGCUUCGCUCGUCAUCGAACAGCUCGGCCUGCCCUCGUUUGACGUCGUCAAAGAGCCAGCCGCUGCGGCGCGGGCCACGGGCCAGCAGGCGGUGGAGACGUGGAACGGAGCGACCAUCCACUCCCGCAUCGAGCACCUACGGCAGAGGGUAGCAGAGCAGGGUGCGGCGUAA